AUGCACAGAGAGCACCAGCGGUGUGCUAAAGCCAAGAAAUCGAAGGCUAAGAAGUCGGAACGAAUGGCAGAGGGAGCUGAGGACAGGGGAGAGGAGGAAAGUGUGGUCGUCGUUCGAAGACCCAAGAUGAAGGCAACGAAGCAGGACGUAGAAAUGGCCAAGGUUUCUGAGGGAGAGUCGUUCGAUUUCGAGUCUAUAAAGGAGGAGGAUUCAGAGAUGGUGGACAUGACCUUGGGUGUGGACGCCGAGGUCGGUACUUCUUCCCGACCUGACAAAGGCAAGGUGCAGGCAACUCCAGCCAUCGUCAUUGAACGACCAACACCAACACCCCCAGUUCAACCCAAGUUGAGUCUGGCCAUGGAUGAAAUGCCCACUGUGCCCGAUGUCGGCCAAUCAUCAGAUGCCAGUGAUAUUUUUAUGAACUGA